AUAAAUAAAUAAAUAAAUAAAUAAAUAAAUAAAUAAAUAAAUAAAUAAUCAGUGAUGUAAAAACAGAGGCAGCCAGUAGAGGGCGCUGAAGUCCCGUGCGGCGGUGGGUCCUUUAUGGAUUCAACUUCCGGCUUCCGGUCCUUGUCCGCUACUCUGUUGUCAUGGUAACGAUAAAUGUUGCGGACAUGUGUCUUUAUUUAUUUAAGACGCAUUUAUAAUUAAUUUAUUGGUGUUUUGACAUUUUGUUCACAAACAAAUAAAAGUGUAAAUUUAACAAAAUAUUUUUAUUGUUUUGUUAUGACUCUAAAGAGUUUUUACUAAAGGCAGGUUUCAAAGUGAUAGUUAUUCUACAGCUACAUGAUUAUAAUAUUGUCUCAUUCAUUUGGCUAUUUAUUUACUUCCGGCUAUAUUAAUAUAAAACRUGUUUAACCGUGUUACGGAUAAGUCGUAGCCAUGACUGUUAGAAAAGACAMAGAUAAUCCCUUCCUGAUCUCCUCUCUGAGCUGGACAGACUCUGUAGAUCUGCUCUCCUCCUGAGCAAGUGAAUUUAUCAUCCAGAACUUUUAAGAUGGGGGAGCUGGGGUCCAGUCCUCCCGUUUUCUGCCUGGACCACAAGAACUCGGAGUCGGCCGGAACAGACAGGAUCCGCUCAACGAGUCGAGUCCUGCAGGAGUCCUGCCCCCCGCCACUCGGAAUAAAACCCGUUCAGCUCCUGAUAAAGUCGCUGAACGAUCUGAUUGCGGAGCGGAGGAACGUGACCUGUGAGGCCAUGAGGGUUAUGCACGAAUCCUAUGAAAAAGAAAGAUCGAAGGCUCUGCAAAAGUGCCCCGGCAGGGAGCAGGGGGGGAUUAUUCAGGCGUCUGGGAGCAGGUGGCCAAGAGGUAACGUAGCUGCAAACAUGGAGGCUUCGACAGAAACUAAAGUGAAGGAGCCCACAUCAGACUCGCGGACUCCAGAACCCAACCCGUAUGCUGAUCUGUGCUUUAGAGGGAAGCCGGCCUGCAGGUCCAGGUGCUCUGCUGAAAAGCGAGACCCGGAGAGAAGCACGACCUGCAGCUUGACCCUGGGAGACCUCAGGUGCUCCCCGGCCGCGGAGGCGACGCUGCAAAGGCUCACUGAGGAGAUCAGAAGGAAGACGUGUGUCACGGUGUCAGAGAGGGACCGCAAAAUAGCAGCUCUGGUGCUGGUGAAGCACGAAGAAGAGCAGGAGCGACUGAGGCUCUCGCAGCAGGAGGAGCAAAAGCAACAGGAGGUUCGCAGGCAAGAGGAGGCCCAGCAGGCCCAGGCGGAAAAAGAGAGGAGGAGGAAGCUGAGGCAGAGCAUGAGACUUUGGCACGUGGAGCUGGAGGCCCGCAGCAGGAUGAGGUUGCUUCAGGAGGAGGAGAAAGCAGGGCAGCUGGAGCAGGAGGCGCUCCUCCAGGAGGACCGCUGGAGGAGGCUGAAGGAGGAGGUGGAGGCGCAGCGCAGGGAAAAGCUGGAGGGUGCGCGGAAGGAGGCAGAGGAGCGCAAACGCUACCAGGAGAAGCUGCUGAGAGAGAAGGAGGAGAUGGAGAAGAGGGAGCAGGAGAGGAGGCGACGGGCAGCAGCGGAAAUGGAGGAGAAGGCCUGUAGGAGCAAACUGCUGCGGGAGAAGAGGGAGCAGAGGCGACUGCAGGAGGAGAACCGCAGGGAGCUGCUGCGGCACAUCCUGCUGAGAAAACAUCUGGAGCAGCGGACGGAGGAAGAGGAGGCGCAGACGAGGAGCACGCUGGAGGAGAAGCUGCGGCGCUCCGCCGAGAAGCGAGCUCAGGCCGUGGAGGCCCAGCUCCAGGAGCUGCAGGAGCGCUCCGCUCGGGAGCAGGAGCAGCUCCGGAGAGCGAGGCUGAGGGCCGAACUGCAGAGCGCCCAGCAGCUCGCACACAAACACCUCCUGGUUCAGACGAGCCAGCUCCGCACGCAGCGAGCCUCCCUGAACGCCUCCUCGCUGCUGAGGAGCAGAGCUCAGCAGACACGAGAACACAACCAGCACCGGCAGGUCUGCCACCGGAGACUCCAGGAGGAGAUGCAGAGGGAGGAGGAGGCGACGACGAAGGCCAGAGAGAACUACGUUUCUGCGAAGGAGCGGAGGCGGGAGAGGCUGCUGAGACAGAGAGAACAGCUUCAGGAGGAGGCGCAGAGGCUGACUCGAGCCUCCUUUUACAUGAUGGACGGAGUGAGGCAGCAGACACGCAGUCGAACCUUUGAUCAGAUGGCUCUGGAGGCUCGGCUGACGACCUCCGUAAGACGCAUGAAACUAUGAGAGGAUUAUAAACUUAUUAAUGCAGAACAGGGCUGGGUCACAUGACCGGUUUGGUUGUAAAAAACUUAGACUAAACAUGAAACAUCACGUUCCUGAGCACUGCUUACAAACAAUAAAUGAGCUCUACCUGGUAUUUCCUGCAUAGAAACAGCAUUUUAACAGGUCCUCUUAUAAACACCAAUAAGUACUAUGUUUAUAACUGAGAAAAUGUGAAAUAGCACAGAAAUACCUUUGAAAGUAAAAGUUAUACUCACUGUUGAGUUGUGUUGAAUAGAUGCCAUCUUGAAUUCUGAAUUUUCCCACUUUACAGCUGGGAAUUCCCACUAGARGGACAUUCCAGUUUACAUUUCCGACUUGUAAGUGGGAAAUUCCCACUUCCUAGGCCAUAAAYAAAGAUGCAGUGAAAUGUAGCUUUUACAUGGCAAAUUUUGCUGCUAUUUUUUGAAUCGUGCAGCUUCAUCUAGUGGUGGGAUAUUGUCAUUUUGCGGAUAAAAUAAUCGACAUGCAUUAUGGGAGAUGUAGUUUAUGGUCAGGGCUGGCUUUAAGCAGCUUAUUUUGAGACAUUAUUACAGGACCGUUCAACUAAAUUGCUCAAAGGGCCACAGUUACUCCAAGCUAACAGCCCAGGGGUGUUAUCUUUCACCUUUUAAACUAGUUAAUUUGUUACAAUGAAUUUUAAAUUUGAAGUUUACAAUUGAUUUAAAAUAUAUUUUUAUAUUAAAUUAAGCAAAAAAAAUUUUUUGGCAGACCUGACAGAAGUCAA